CAUAAAAUAUAUUCUUAAUUCUCUUGGUUCGUAACCAAAAGCAUGCAGAACAAAUCUAAAAGUCAGUGUUGAGGGAGUGAUAUUGCUGGAAACCCCACUUGGAGGGGACAAUGGUUCAGAAUAAGUAUAUCCCGAGGGCCAGGGGCAGGGAAGAGUAGGAGUGGAUUAAGGCACCAGAUGGCUGGGAUGGAGUUGGAGGAACUGCUAGUGUACACGCUAAGCAUAAUGAAACCUGAGAAAUUACACAGUGGUUACUGGAGAUGGACGCACAUGUGGCAGGAGUCAGGGAUUCCUGUUUUGGAAUCAGGAGGAAACGGAACACUUCUGAACACCCUGGGUUAAUUAGCAUACAGAACUCAAUGGUUUUCACAUUUUUCUCUCUAAAUUGAAAGUAUUUGUAUUUUCUUUACUAGCAACAAUAGUCAUAGCCUUCUUACUUUUGACUCUGGUAGAGAAGAGCUCUCCCCCUAUUUCUCUUAGAGCCCAUUGCAUGUUUCUGUUGGUUGGGCUGGGUGCUACUUCCAGGUAAAGGAUUGGGACUUCAUGACAAGUGGGUCUGGAAAUUGUCAACAACUAGAGUCUCAUGGCUUCUUUCUCCUUCCUCAGCUUUGCCUCCUGUUGCUUGGACUGUGUGAGUGAAAACCCAGAAGACAGUUGGCAGCCAAGCUAGUGACAAUGGAAUCACAGGAAUCAGUGACCUUCGAGGAUGUAGCUGUAGCCUUCACCCAAGAAGAGUGGGCCCUGCUGGACACAUCCCAGAGGAAACUAUUCAGAGAUGUGAUGCUGGAGAACAUCAGUCAUCUGGUCUCGAUUGGCAAUCAGUUCUACAAAUCAGAUGUGAUUUCCCAUUUGGAGCAAGGAGAGCAACUUUCAAGAGAAGGGAUAUGUUUUCUGCAAGGCUGGAGUCCAGACAUGGAAGAUGAUCUUAAAAAACAAGAAAUGAUAUCCAUGCAACAUAUCUGCAAGAAGGACACAUCCUUAAUUAGUGCAACGAGUUCUCACACUCAAGAGGAUCCCUUUGAAUGUAGUGAUUUGGGAGAAAAUUUUACUGAAAUUUUAACAUUGACUCGAUGUGUGAUACCUCAGAUGGGAAAGAAACACUAUAUCAGCCAAGAAUUUGGAAAAGCCAUCAGUUACUUGUCAUCCCUUAAUCUACAUAAGAAAAUUCACACUAGAAGUAAAUCAUAUGAAUGUUGUCACCGUGGGAAUGCCUUUAUUCAAGGCUCUGCCCUUAGACAUCACAAUAAUACUCAAACUGAAGAGAAAACACUUGAAUGUCACAUAUGUGGGAAAGCCUUCAAUAAAAGUUCUAACCUGAGACGACAUGAGAUGAUUCACACUGGAGUGAAACGACAUGGGUGUCAUCUAUGUGGAAAAGCCUUCACUCAUUGUUCUGACCUUAGAAAACAUGAGAGGAUUCAUACUGGAGAGAAAUCAUAUGGAUGUCAUCUAUGUGGGAAAACCUUCAGUAAAAGUUAUAACCUUAGGAGACAUGAGAUAAUUCACACCAGAGAGAAACCACAUGAAUGUCAUCUCUGUGGGAAGGCCUUCACUCACUGUUCUGACCUUAACAAACAUGAGAGAACUCACUUUGGAGAGAAACCAUAUGGAUGCCAUCUAUGUGGAAAGACAUUCAGUAAAACUUCUUACCUUAGGCAACAUGAGAGAACUCACAAUGGAGAGAAACCAUAUGAAUGUCAUCUAUGUGGGAAGGCCUUCACUCAUUGUUCUCACCUUAAAAAACAUGAGAGAACUCACACUGGAGAGAAACCAUAUGAAUGUCAUCUAUGUGGAAAAGCUUUUACUGAAUCUUCUGUUCUUAGACGACAUGAAAGAACUCACACUGGAGAGAAACCAUAUGAGUGUCAUCUGUGUUGGAAAGCCUUCACUGAUUCUUCUGUCCUUAAACGGCAUAAGAGAACUCACACUGGAGAGAAACCAUAUGAAUGUCACCUGUGUGGGAAAGCCUUCAAUCACUCUUCUGUCCUUAGACGACAUGAGAGAACUCACACUGGUGAAAAACCAUAUGAAUGCAAUAUAUGUGGUAAAGCCUUCAAUAGAAGUUAUAACUUUAGACUGCAUAAGAGAAUUCACACUGGAGAGAAACCAUAUAAAUGUUGUCUAUGUGGGAAAGCCUUCAGUAAAUAUUUUAACCUUCGACAACAUGAGAGGACACACACUGUUAAGGUAAUAAAUGUGGAAGAGUCACCACCCAUAGCUUCAAACUAUAAACACUCUUGAGGACUUGCACAUUGAAGAAAUGCUAUGUUUGUAAUCAAUGUAGAAGAUCCGUUAUUAAUCCUUGUUACUUCACUCAAUUGAAGUUAAUUCAAAGUGGAGAGAAUUCAUGUGUAUGUCAUCUAUAUGACAAACCUUUAGACAGUGGACUGACUUGGGAGACAAUUUAUGACCUGGGAAAACUCAAACUGUAAAUGGAAUGAAUGCGGAAGAAUCUUCAUCCACAGUUUUGUGAAACAAAAUUGAGAAAUCACGUCAGAGAAAUUCUAUGUACAUAAUCAAUGUAGAAAUACCUUCAUUUAUAAUUUAUCAUCUAAAUAAGUAAACUGCACAGGAAAGAAAAUCUUGAUUUGUAAUCACUGUGCACUCUCUCUCAGCACCACUCAUGGCAUACACAAGAAAAUUCAGUGUCAGGUAACUGCUAAAACAAAUACAUCAAAUUCAUUACUAGAAGGAUGAUAGAAUUUUGUUGCCAAAGGGCUUUGUUCAACAAGAACAAAGUAGGACAUGAAGACAUUUAGAGUAUCUCAUUUUCAGAAUGCCUAAUAUAUUUACACUAAUUUAUGAAAUGACAAAUUACUGCCCCUCCUAGUGACAGACGGAAAAUACUGUUUGGCAAAGCUAGGAGAGCAGAAAGAAGCCAAGAGAAUCUGUGCUUGCUGAUACUCCCCUGUCAUAAUAGCCAUGAAUCCACAAGUCACCAACUGGGAAUGAGAGCCGUGGGUCCCAGCCCCUCCCAUACACAAAUGCAGAAGGCUAGGAGAGAAAAAGUUGGAGCUUCUCUUCUGCCAGGAUAACAAGAGAAGGCUUGGUCCUUGGUACUCAUUUGAACAUGACUAAUAUCCCUGUUUCACAAGUGGCAAAACUGAGAAAAUAGACACAUAUAGUUAACUUAGCCCAUGAUUUUCUGAGGGAGUGUACAAUGCCCUUCCCACUGCUGUGCUUUUAUUUAAAUUUAUAUUAUUGAUAUGUUUUCAAACUAAUUUUGUUUUCUGUGUAUGGAAUCUAUCAAACUCAUUUGUUAACAUCACCCACAGACCAUAGUUUCCCAAACCCAACACUAUUGAAUUUCUCCAUCUUUUCAAGUUUCUUUUAAUUUUCUCUAUUUUAUGUAAUAUAAUAAUUACUAUAAAUUCUUUUUCUCCUAACUCCAAUCUAACAAUAUAUGAGGGUUUGUUCAUCAUGUGUCAUUUUUCUUUAUUUUUCCAUCACUUUUCCUGCUUCUUUGCAAAGA